AUGUGUAAGGAACUUGUCUCUAUAGCUUUCUACCGGGCUGUCUUCACUGAGUUGCUGAUUACCGCCAUCUAUGUCUUUUUUGGUUUGGGGUCCGUUCUGGAUUGGCCAGAGACACCUUCCAUCCUACAGACUUCUAUCACCUUCAACUUGGCAGCAGCCACAGCUGUCCAGAUUGCCUGGCAAGCUAGUGGAGCCCACAUCAAUCCAGCAGUGACUGUAGCCUUCCUGCUUGGCUCUCGUGUCUCAUUGGUGAGGACUGUUUGCUAUGUGGUGGCCCAGCUGGCUGGAGGAAUUGUUGGGGCAGCCAUCCUUUAUGCGGUGACUCCUGGGAAUGUCCGGGGAAAUAUGGGCAUCAACAAGGUAAACAUCAAUAUUUCAAAUGGACAAGCUGUUGCAGUUGAGCUCAUCUUGACCCUACAGUUGGUUCUGUGUUAUUUUGCAUCCACAGAUACACAGCGCAGUCCGGGCUCCCCUGCUGUCAUCAUUGGCAUCUCAGUUGCCCUGGGCCACUUGGUUGGGCAUUACUACACUAGAUGCUCCAUGAAUCCAGCCAGAUCCUUUGGUCCUGCUGUCAUAACUGGGAAUUUUCAUCAGCAGUGGAUCUUCUGGGUGGGCCCCUUAAUUGGCGCGGUCUUGGCAUCUGUCCUUUACAACUUUGUUAUUUACUACGACCCUAAGCCCUUCAGCCAGAGACUGUCCAUUCUCAAAGGCAGCUAUGAUGGAGAAGAGCUGAAGAAGCAGGAGGAGAAUGCUCAGAAAGAAGCGCUGUCAUUGCCCAGUCUGGUGCAUAGACUGUAGCCUCUUCAGUCUCCGUGGAGAGGAACUUAAGGAUGGGCUCAACAAGAGAUGGAUCUGUGGGUGGUGAUCCCACAACCAGCCGCUAGAGGGCUCCAGGCGCCUUUCCUCUGAAGUCUUGACUUGCCAUGUGGAUUUUGUUACAUUCACAUCAAGAGGCGCCUUG